AUGAACUGCCAGAUGAAUAUGGUAAGUGCCUUAAAAUUAAUCUAUGUUUGUCUUUCUAACAGUACUGGCAAAAUUCCCUCAGACCAACCAGAGCUCUAUACGCUUGAUGGUCAAGUGAAACAUAAAAUCAAAUUUAUUGAUACUUAUGUUCUUACUGAUGUGAAUGUACACUUCAUUGGGCACUCUACUGGAGCUAAAAUUUGUAUCCAGCUAGUCAAACAAUAUUGUAAGAUACACAAAGCUGUGGCUUACCUACUAUUUCCUACUCUUGCGCGAAUUGCUAAAACUCCGAAUGGAUGGAAACUGUGGCCAAUCGCUGGUCCAUUAAGAAAACUUUUCGUCAUCGCUGCAAAUUUGCUCAAUCGGCUUAAAGAAUCACACAACAAUGUCCAAUUCUUCAAAACAUUUCCAGGUUUUAAUAGCUUCUCCCGUUGUACGGGUUCGACAGGAAAUAAAUUGUCUAGUGAAAAUUCGACGACAUCGGCUUCUGGUACACCGGCUAUAGUUCCCGUAAACGUGAGAACUUCCAUGAGUCUCCUAAACCCACAGGCGCUGGAACGUUCUUUAUUUUUGGCUCGCGACCAGCUCAAGAUGGUAGAUGAAUUGAAUGCCAAAGAUAUUCGUCUUCACAGUGACAGGCUUGUGCUGUAUUUCGGAACCAACGACCGUUGGUGCCCAUUGGAGUACUGCCACAACUUGCUGCGCCAAGUGCCUAAAGCCAGAGCUAUUAUCUGCCCUCACGAAUUCGAACACGCGUUCGUCCUCCAGUCCAGCCAACAGAUGGCCACCAUUGUCAGUGAAUGGAUUAAGGAAUUUUCAUAACAGUCUACGCUGGAAUAGGCCUGUAAUUCCGUGGCUCUGAAU